ACAGGGUACRAUGUCGGAACAAGAACGUAUACAAGAAUGCCUCAGGAAAGAAAUAAGGUCACUUCUUAUUUCCACCAAAGAUGGUUUGACUCCACAGCAGUUGGAAAAAGAGUACCUUUUGAUGGUUGGCAACCACUUACCGCUCCGAAUCCUUGGGUAUCGGUCCACUAUGGAGCUGGUGCUGGACAUGCCUGAUGUGGUUAGUGUCUGUCCCUGCGGGGAUGGUACAGUAAUACUGAAAGCCAUUCCAGAUGAAUCUACCAAAGGAAUUGCAAGUUUAGUUGCAAAGCAGAGGAGCAGCCAUAAGGUUCGAAGCUCCAUGCCAAAGGGAAGGGCUACUGUUUGCUCUGGGACAAGCUCUGGUCGAGUGCCUUACCGAGGAAGGGUGACCCCUAUUCUUCCAGCUGUUGUGAAGAGUGAGCUGAAAGACCUCUUGGCGUUGUCUCCUGUUCUCCUUUCUGAUUUUGAAAAGGCAUUUGCCAAGCGAUUUGGACGAUCGUUUCAGUAUGUGCAAUAUGGAUUCCUCUCAAUGUUCGAAGUGCUGAAUGCAGCUUCAGAUGUCAUUUCUGUAGAGCAGACUAGAGCAGGUUCUUUGUUGAAGCUAAAGAAAAGCAUGUCUGUGGAAAAGCAGAGAGGAUGGCCGGCAGGAAAAAUUUUUACCCAGCCAUUUAGAAUGAAACAACAUGGGUCAUAUUCUACAGGCUGCGUGGUGGCAAAGCCACGCUUUUCACAACACACUUCAAAUAUGGAACCACCAAAGCAAAUACUGAACAUGGACAAGACUUCCACAUUCAAUGCAGUGGAGACUUCAAGGCUGAAUCAAACUGAAAAAUUAAACCAGUUGGAGAACACAUUCAAAUCGGUCAUUGCACAAAUUGGACCUGGAGGGACCAUCAAUCCAGAACUAAAACAUAAGAUAAAAUUUGUUGUAUCUAAGUUUCCAGAGGGUUUGUUAAUUUCUAAACUUCUUGGGGAGUUUGAGGUAAUUUUUAAAGAGCAACUUUCACCAAAAAAAUUGGGCUUUUUAAAUGUGACAGAACUUGUUGGAGCUCUUAGUGAUAUUCUUCGUGUUGAGUUCAGGGAAGGAGAACAAGACUUGCUAGUGUUUGAUGCUGAUAUGAGGCCGGUACUAACAGUUCAACCAGAUAAGAAAAUGGAAGCCAAGGCUUGUGUCUCCAGUCCCCCUAGAAAUUCACUGUCUACUGCUGCUGUCAAGGAGACUGCAUGGGAUUGCCCUUUGAAGAACCAUAAAGAACCAGAACAGAAGAUAUAUAAGAAGCCUAAUCUGGUUGUAAAGCCUUUACAGCUGCAAGUAGGAAUAAGUAAAUCACAGCUCAGCUUGGCAAUGGCAAAUCAUGAUAUCCCACCAGAUGCUGUACAGGAGAAGAAAUUAUGCAGACUUCCACCAUUAGAUACCAGUACCCUUGUGGGGGUCUUUGUGGAGUAUAUUAUCUCUCCAAGUCAAUUCUACAUCCGAAUCUAUAGCAGGGAUUCAUCAGAGUUACUUGAAGACAUGAUGAUUGAAAUGCGACGUUGUUAUUCUAACCAGCUGGUUUCUGAUCGAUAUAUCAUGCCAGAAUGUUUUGUCCAGCCGGGACACCUGUGUUGUGUAAGGAUUUCUGAGGAUAAGUGGUGGUAUCGGGUUAUUAUCCAUCGAGUGCUUGGGAAAAAGGAAGUUGAAGUAUUCUACCCAGACUUUGGAAAUAUCGGAACUGUUCAGAAGUCCUCUCUCAGGUUCCUCAAGUGCUGCUACACAAAGCUUCCCGCUCAGGCUAUCCCUUGCUCUUUGGCUUGGGUGAGACCCGUAGAGGAACACUGGACAUCCAGAGCUAUUUUGCAGUUCCAGAAAUUGUGUGGUCUGAAGCCAUUAGUAGGAGUAGUGGAUGAAUAUAUCGAUGGAAUCCUUAACAUUUUUCUGUGUGAUACAUCCUCACAUGAAGAUGUCUAUUUCCAUCAUGUCUUAAGAGCAGAGGGCCAUGCUAUUGUAUGCCGAGAAAAUGUCCCUUCCAAGGGCUUCAGAGACCUAAAUCCUUUAGCUUUAUACACUCAACCCAGUGGAGGGCCAGAUAAAGUUGUCUUGACAGAACUGGGUUAUUCUUCUCAGCAACACUAUUUUAAUGAAGACCGAGAGAUAAGUCCUCGAUCCAAAGAGAGCGAUUUCCAUGCCCUGGAUGAGAUCCCCACUGGAAUGCCAUGCCUGGAGUCAGUGACCAUAGGUGAUGAUAUCUGGGAUGAGAACUGGCUACCACUGCAGGCUAAAAUAGGAAAAGGAGGUGAUGCUGCCUCCCAUUUAUUUACCUCAAGCCUUGGUGGAAAGAAACAAUGUCCUACAUGUGAAGAAAUGCCACAGAAGGAUUGGUGUUUUCCUACACCCAAAGAUAUAUGGGAUGAUUCCUGGCAGCCUUCAGGCCUUGUGAAUGGUAUGAAAGUAGAAAUCAAAAAACGAGAAGAGCUGGAUACCCAAGAAAAAAAUACUGGUACAACCAGAAUUCUAAAGCAACCAAACUUGAAAGGUUCUUUGGAUUCUUCCACACUGCCCAAACUGGAAGAGUUCUACAUCUCCCUUUUCCAGUCACAGCAGUCAGCAGAAGGGAGUAAGUUUGAGCCUAACAACAUCCAGACUCCAACAAAGCAAAUUCAGCUGCCCACAGCAGCAGCCAGCUCAGCUACUGUCGCAGCCGACGACCCAGGAGAGCACUCUGGUUCUGUGGAGAGCUCUCCAGGGAGCCUAAAGAACGAAGAUCUUUCUAGUCGCCACGCCAUUGCAGUGUUCAAGGAUAAGAGUCAAGGAGCCAUGGACCAGCUGUCUUUGAUUUUGUCUCCUGAGCACAAGAUUUCUCAGAAGCUCUACAUUCCUCGAAGUACAGCCACAGCUGCCCUGGGAGCUGCUGCGCGCCUGGCCACGUCCAGGAGCCUCCUGCACUGGUACCCCAGUGUGAAAAGGGUGGAAACCUGAGGGGGGAGGG